AUGGGUGGCUGCUUCUGCAUCCCUGGGGAGCCAAGUCUGUCCUGGGGUCCAGGUAAAGAUACUUCUUCCAAGGAUCCAACCAUAUCGAGUGAAUUUAUAUCCUCGUCUGAAAACAAGGAAAAAUGUUUCCUGCCACAGAACAUGAUUCCAGAUCUGACACUCUCCUUCAGUGUGAAGAGCCGCUCCAGAAGGUGUGUAAAUGGCCCCUUGCAGGAAGCAGCCAGGAGGCGGCUCUGGGCGCUGGAGAAUGAGGACCAGGAGGUGCGUGCAUUGUUUAAGGACCUCUCAGCCAGGUUGGUGGGUAUCCAGUCCCAGAAAGCCCAGUUCCUCAUCACCUUUAAGACUAUGGAGGAAAUCUGGAAGUUCUCCACCUACCUGAAUUUAGGCUAUGUAUCUACAUGUCUGGAACAUCUCCUUUUUGACCACAAGUACUGGCUCAACUGCCGACUGGUUGAGGAUACAGAGAUCCACGUGUCAAUAGAUGAUAAACACCUGGAAAGUAUAUACCUGGGACUCCUGAUCCAGGAAGGUCACUUCUUCUGCAGAGCCAUGUGCUCUGUGGCUCAGCCAGCUGAGAAGGAAGGGGAGUAUUUGACACUUUGCAAGAAUGAGUUAAUCUCGGUGAAGAUGGCUGAAGGCGAGUCUGAGUGGGAAGGUGUGUCCUUGGUGACGGGUCAGCGGGGCCUGGUGCCAGUGUCAGCCUUGGAACCCCUGCUUCUCCCUUUUCACCAAUGGUUCCUAAAGAAUUAUCCAGGAAACUGUGGCCUUUCCAGGAAGAGGGAUUGGGCAGGCUCCUAUCAGAUCGGCAGAGGAAAAUGUAAAGCCUGGAAGGAAUAUGAGAGGGAAGAAAAGGAUGAGCUGAAUUUCCACCAGGGAGAAAGCAUUGAGAUCAUCGGCUUUGUCAUUCCUGGGCUUCAGUGGUUCAUUGGGAAGUCAGCGCUCUCAGGAGAAGUGGGCUUUGUCCCCACCAGGAUGAUAGAUCCUGAUUCUUAUUCCCCAAUGAGCAAGAACUCCGCCUUUUUCAGUGAUGAGGAAAAAUGCUCUCUGGGGUUCCUGGGAAGUGACAGGAAAGCUGAGUGUGUCAGCUUCCUCCGCACACUUGCUCAGACUGACAUAACAUCUGUCUACCAGCUUAGUGGGUUUGAAUCCAUCCAAAGUCUUCCAAACGAUCUGAGCGUGUCCCAAUCCGAAGGCUUCAAGGAGACCCGGCCUGGUGGAGCCUGGGAGGAGCAUCAGGCCAUGGGCUCCAGACAGUCCAGCAGCUCUGAGGACUCCAGUCUGGAGGAAGAGCUGCUUUCAGCUGCCUCAGACACCUAUCAUCUGCCGGAGCCUGAUGACCUCGAUGACCCAGAAUUGCUCAUGAACCUGAACACUGGUCAGGAGGAGGAGGAGGCUGAGAACUUCGCCCCCAUAUUGGCUUUUCUGGAUCAUGAGGGAUAUGCUGACCACUUUAAGAGCCUCUAUGAUUUUUCCUUCUCUUUUCUCACAUCUUCCUUUUAUAGUUACUCUGAGGAGGAUGAGCUCAUGGCCUACCUGGAGGCCUCGAGGAAGUGGGCCAAGCGGAGCCACAUGACCUGGGCCCACGCCCGGCUCUGCUUCCUCCUGGGUCGGCUAAGUGUCAGGAAGGUCAAACUCUCUCAGGCCAGGGUGUACUUUGAGGAGGCCAUCCACAUUCUCAACGGGGGAUUUAAGGAUCUAUCCUUGGUGGCUGCCCUGUAUAUCAAUUUGGCGGCCAUCUACCUGAGGCAGAGGCUGAGGCAUAAAGGCUCAUCCUUGCUGGAGAAGGCAGGUACCUUGUUGGCCUGCCUGCCUGACCGGGAGUAUAGUACCAAGAGCGAGCUGGAUGUGGUGGCCUAUGUGUUGAGACAGGGCAUCGUGUCAGGCAGCUGCCCACUGGAGGCCAGGGCCUGCUUUCUGGCCAUCCGAUUGCUCCUAAGCCUUGGCCGGCAUGAUGAGGUCCUGCCCUUCGCCGAGCGCCUGCAGCUCCUCUCUGGACACCCUCCCACCUCAGAUGCUGCAGCCACCAUCUUGAGUUUUCUCUAUGACAAGAAAUAUCUGCCACACCUUGCAGUGGCUUCUGUCCGGCUGCGUGGAACUCCGAGUGUCCAAGGGAUGGCCCUUCCAAUUUGGCAGGUCCACCUGGUCCUGCAGAACACCACCAAGCUCAUUGGUAUCUCCUCCCCAAGCUGGGGUGAAGUUUCUUCCCUGGCUUGCCCGGCACUCAGGCAGGCACUGACUUCCUGUGAGGAACAGGCAGACUGGAGCACCCAGAGGGUCCUGUGUCUCAUCCUGUCCAAAGUGUACCUCCAACACAGAUCUCCUGAUGGUGCCAUCCAUUACCUGAGCCAAGCUUUGAUGCUAGGCCAGCUGCUGAGUGAGCAGGAAGCUUUUGAGUCUUCCCUCUGCUUGGCAUGGGCCUAUCUCUUAUCCAGCCAGCCAAAAAAGGCUUUGGACAUCCUUGAGCCAUUCUUAUACUCCCUGAAGGAGACAGAGAGUGUUAUCCACAAAGGAGUGGUCUAUAACCUCAUGGGACUUGCACUUCAAGGUGAAGGCAGGGUGAACAGGGCAGCCAAGAGCUAUCUCCGGGCCUUGAACAGAGCCCAGGAGGUAGGGGAUGUGCGCAACCAGGCAGUGGCUUUGGCCAAUCUUGGCCAUCUGACCCUUAAGUCCUGGCCUCAGCAGCCAGCCAGGAACUAUCUUCUACAAUCUGUGCAACUCUAUUCUACACUCCAGGCCAGCAUGGAGACAGACAUGGAAUUAAUACAGGUGCUUCUCUGGUUGGCCCAGGUCCAGGUGUAUGGACACCAGCUGGCUAGUGGCCGCUUUUGUUAUGAAAUGGCAUUGCUGUUUGGCUUAAGGCAUCAACACCUGAAGAGUCAGCUUCAGGUCACCAAAUCCCUCUGCCAUUUCUACAGCUCUGUGUCCCCAAACCCCGAGGCAUGCAUCACCUACCACGAGCACUGGCUGACACUAGCUCAGCAACUCAGAGACCGGGAGAUGGAGGGGAGGCUGCUGGAAUCCCUUGGACAGCUCUAUCGGAACCUAAACACAUCCAGGUCCCUCAGGAGGUCCCUCACCUGCAUCAAGGAGAGCCUGCGUAUCUUCAUUGACCUGGGGGAGAGAGACAAGGCUGCUGAGGCCUGGCUUGGGGCUGGGCGACUCCACUACCUCAUGCAGGAAGAUGAACUGGUGGAGCUGUACCUGCAGGCAGCCAUCCAGAAAGCCCUGAAGUCAGAGGAGCCCUCCUUGGCUCUCAAGCUCUAUGAGGAAGCGGGUGAUGUGUUCUUCAACGGGACUCGCCACAGGCAUCGUGCAGUGGAGUAUUACCGAACUGGGGCUGUUCCCUUAGCAAGGAGGAUGAAGGCAGUGAGAACCGAGCUCCGGAUUUUCAACAAGCUGACAGAGCUGCAGAUCAGCCUGGAAGGCUACGAGAAGGCUUUGGAAUUUGCCACCUUGGCAGCCAGACUCAGCGCAGUUGCAGUCUUCCAAUUUCUAGGAGAUCAGCGGCAGGAGCUGGUGGCCUUCCACCGUCUGGCCACUGUGUACUAUUCCCUGCACAUGUAUGAGAUGGCUGAGGACUGCUACCUGAAGACUCUGUCCCUCUGUCCACCCUGCCUGCAGAGCCCCAAGGAGGCCUUAUACUAUGCCAAGGUGUAUUAUCGUCUGGGCCGACUCACCUUCUACCAACUGAAGGAUGCGCACGAUGCCACCGAGUACUUCUGGCUGGCCCUGGCGGCAGCGGUCCUGCUUGGUGACGAGGAGCUGCAGGACAUCAUUAGGACCAGGCUGGACAACAUCUGCCAGAGCCCCCUGUGGCAUAGCUGUCCCUCUGGGCGCUCCUCAGAGAGGGCACGCUGGCUGAGUGGUGGGGGCCUGGCCCUCUGA